GUCCAGGCCGCGGGCCCCACAUCCCGUACUCUCUCCAGUGACCAACAUGGUUCUCCUGCACGUGAAGCGCGGCGACGAGAGCCAGUUCCUAUUGCAGGCGCCUGGGAGCACAGAGCUGGAGGAACUCACAGUGCAGGUUACCCAGGUCUACAACGGGCGGCUCAAGGUGCAACGCCUCUGCUCAGAAAUGGCAGAAUUAGCAGAACAUGGUGUAUUUCUCCCUCCUAAUAUGCAAGGACUGACUGAUGACCAGAUUGAAGAAUUGAAACUAAAGGAUGAAUGGGGAGAGAAGUGUGUACCCAGUGGGGGUUCAGUAUUUAAAAAAGAUGAUAUCGGACGGAGGAAUGGACAAGCUCCAAAUGAAAAAAUGAAGCAAGUGUUAAAGAAGACUAUAGAAGAAGCCAAAGCAAUAAUAUCUAAGAAACAAGUGGAAGCCAAUGUCUGUGUCACUAUGGAGAUGGUGAAAGAUGCCCUGGAUCAGCUUCGUGGUGCAGUGAUGAUUGUUUAUCCCAUGGGGUUGCCCCACUAUGAUCCCAUCCGAAUGGAAUUUGAAAAUAAAGAAGACUUGUCAGGAACUCAGGCAGAACUCAGUGUCAUUAAAGAAUCAGAAGCACAGCUGUGGUGGGCAGCUAAGGAAUUAAGAAGAACAAAGAAGCUUGCAGACUAUGUGGGAAAAAAUGAAAAAACUAAAAUUAUCGUCAAGAUUCAGCAACGAGGACAAGGAGCUCCAGCCCGAGAACCGAUCAUUAGCAGUGAGGAGCAGAAACAGCUGAUGCUGUAUUAUCACAGGAGGCAGGAGGAACUCAAGAAAUUGGAAGAAAAUGAUGAUGACUCCUGUUUAAAUUCUCCAUGGGCAGAUAACACUGCUUUGAAAAGACAUUUUCAUGGAGUAAAAGACAUAAAGUGGAGACCAAGAUGAAGUCCACCUGCUCAUGAAGCUUUCUAACUCACCUUUCUUUUAGGUAAAAUAAUU